AUCCGAAAGCAAAUAAGUAAAGUCCCGAACCAACACAAUUGUCCUAUAAUAAAAUCAGGUGACUCGUCACUGUCUUUCAUCUCUCAUCUCUACAAAUGGAACCGGAACUGGCCGAGGACACCGCCGCCGUCAUCGGAAUCGAAGCGUCUGAAGACGACGCCGGAAGCGGGAAAGAUGCGGCAGCCAAAGGCGAAAAGGGUAAGAAGCGUAAGAGCAGAGUGAGAGGGGUUUGGUCUCAGGAAGAAGACCGAAUCCUGAGUCGGCUGGUGAGUAAGUUCGGGGCCAGGAAUUGGACCUUGAUCGCCCGCGGAAUUCCAGGACGGUGCGGCAAGUCUUGCCGUCUCCGGUGGUUUAAUCAGCUCGACCCAAUCCUUAAGCGCAAGCCCUUUUCUGCGGAGGAAGACCGGAUGAUAAUUUCAGCCCAUGCAAUCCAUGGAAACAAAUGGUCUGCAAUUGCAAAGCUUUUACCAGGGAGAACAGAUAAUGCCAUAAAAAACCACUGGAACUCCACACUACGGCGUCGGGAUCCGAACAGAUUGAUGUCAGAAUUGGGUAUUGAAGAUGUUAGCUUGGACAAAAGAAAAGCAUCUUCUGAAGAAACACUCUCAAAUGGCGAUGUCAAUUCAUCUAGAUCUACAGAAGGAAAAGAAGUCUGUUCUCUAGAGUAUACAGAUGAUCAACAUGAAGACAAGGUAUCAACGGAUGGUCAGUAUAGUAAUGAAGCCAGAGAACCACGCACGCUUUUUAGGCCGGUUGCACAUGUAAGUGCUUUUAGUGUAUAUAAUCAUUUAGGUGGCCAGGAUCCUUCAUCAUCAUUCCAAAAGCCAAUUCCAGUUCAAGGACCUCUGGUUCAAGAAGUGAAACUGGAUGUUGGCAUUUGUAAAUUGGUCGAAGGAAUUUAUGGUGAGCAGUCGGUGCCUGAUCAGUGUGGCCAUGGUUGCUGUUGCACACAGAAUGGCAGGACUACUGGAAACUCUCUGUUAGGACCAGAAUUUGUGGAAUUCUCUGAGCCUCCCUGUUUUCCAAGUUUUGAAAUGGCUGCAAUUGCCACAGAUAUAAGUAAGCUUGCUUGGCUUAAAAGUGGUUUGGAGAGUAGUAGUGGAAUGGUAACAAGUGAUGCAGCUGCUAGUAGACUCUCUCAUGGGUCUCAAGGGCAAUUUGGACAUUCUGAGGAAAGUCGAAUGAAUCGUCUUCUUCGUCAGGAAAAGAGAAAGGAUAGGUUAAUGGGCAUGAAGACUAAUGUGCUAUCAACCUAAGACUGGCACACUAGUUCCUACAAUCUGAACUUGGAACUCAUGCUGAGGGUGCUUCUUAAUUGCAUUUUACUAUAUACCAAGAAAAUUAAGAUACUUGCUUCCCUGUCUGAAACUUAUUGUUACAGCUGAGAGUUGACUAUAUGGGAAGGACUCUACUUGUUCUAGACUUCUCGCUUGGGUUCCUGAAUGUUGUACACUUGUACUCAGAAUAGCUGAUGCAUAAAUGAUAAGACUGCCUUCAUUCGGAGGCUGGAGGCAAAGUUCUGGUACAGUAGUAUGAUGCGCGGCUGGAAAUUCACAGGGCCACAUUCUAUAGUGACAAUGAAACUUGUCAAUUUGGGUAUUAUAGUUCUCUUGGACUCGAGAAAGAGAUGUUUCACUUGUAGCGGCUGAAGGCUUCAGAUUUCAGAAACCUGUUUCACUGAUCCAUUCAUUCCAUUGUUUCUGUUUGUUGUGUAACCAUAUAAAUCAUGUUGGUCUAUACUCUAUAUAAUCAAAGUUGCUAUAGUACUCC